GGUUUUGUUUCGCCGUUCCCACCGUGUUUGUUGUCUGGCUGAAUUAUAUGCGAAAUAACUCGCUGUCGCGAUGGGUGCUUUAAAUAAGUGCGCCAGACCUUUUGGACUUUUUGCCCGCGCCGACGAUGUUGUUUUUUACUAGCGGCGGGGAAUUCGGAGCUGCGCUUUGGCUAGCGCUUAUUAUACUCGCGAUGAGCUUGAUGAUGCGAUAAGCUUUCUAUGUAAGCUGUGGACACUAUAGUCAUGUAAAAAGCUAUUGUUUUUAAACGAUAAUCAUAAUGUCAGAUUUUUUUGAAAAAUUCAACGAAUUAGAGCUUUACCGCAUGUUGUUGUUUAAACUCGUUGCAACGAGUACUUAAAAAGAAAUUGUUACAUUAACUUUUAUUUGCUGCAAAAUAUAUAGGAAUUGUCAGAGAAAUCCGCGCUCAGCGCUCAUACAGUCGGCUCGGAGAAUGGCUAGCACUACUUAUAGCAGACAGAAAAAUUCUAUCCCGGCGUUUCCUUUUCUGUGUACUGUACAUCUAUAAUGGCUGUAGGCUGUAGGAUACAAAUAAAAAUAUACGAGUUUCACGUGUGCGGCUUUUCGAAUUCAUGAGUAAUUCUUCAAGAGCAAAAUCACGACGCUGUGUUUAAGAUAUAUAAGAUCGGUCAAAGUACACGAUGGAACCAGAGAUUGAUACAAGUCAAGGUGGUUUGAGAGCUGAUGGUAGGCGACCACUUGAACUUCGAAGAAUAAGAUUGCGCAUGGGAGUUUUCGGUCAGGCAGAUGGAAGUGCUUAUUUAGAGCAAGGAAAAACCAAAAUACUCGCUACAGUUUACGGGCCUCACCAGCCUCGAGGAAAAGCCAAUGCGAAUGCGCUAAAGGCAGUGAAGGGUAUUGUCAAUUGUCAAUACAGUACCGCUGUAUUUAGUUUUGGUGCUGGUGAGAGAAAAAAGAAACCUCGUGGCGAUAGAAAAUCUCAAGAAAGAUCUCAACAGCUGCGACAUGCUAUGGAAGCUAUUAUAAAUUUGGAACUAUUUGCCAGAUCCCAGAUAGAUAUAUUUGUAGAAGUUCUACAGGUUGAUGGUAGUGACUUUUGUGUAGCUGUUAAUGCUGCAACUCUGGCUCUAAUUGAUGCUGGAAUUCCAAUCAAGGACUAUGCGAUCGGUUGCUCAGUAACGGUUUCAGAUAAUCUCUUAGGAGAUGACGAUGACAGUGGUCAAGGAACAGGAAUCUUAGACGCGAAUUGGAUAGAGGAGUGCUCUCCAGGAGUGACUUUAUCUGUUGUUGCUCUGCCAAAAGUUGUUGAUGAAACAGAAACAAAAAGCUCUGUGAUAUUGUGUCAUGGAGCUGGUCAGAGGCUUCAUCUCUCCAGGCUUGAGCCAUUGAGACUGCGUGCUCUUCAGGGUUGUAGAGAUAUCAGAGCAAUUUUGGAUCAGGCUGUUAAGGAUCAUUUACAAAUAUUUGCUGUCACAGCUGCGUUAGAUAAAUAAGUGUUAUAAUGAAUAAAUACAUUUUUGUAAUAAAACAUCUAAAACGUUUAUUUAAAA